GGACAAGUGCGGACACAUUGGCCGCGGCGGAGCUCGGCGAGGCGCGCACGGCCCCAGGCGGCUGCGCCCAGUGGAGGCAGCACCCGCCCGCCCGCAGAGCUCGGCCCGGCCCCCGCCGGCGCUCGUCGUGCCCUGCGAUCUCUCAGCCCCGCUCCGAGGUCGCGGUUCCCGGCCCAGGUCACUACCCGGGCGCACGCGGCGGCGGAGGCAGCGGCGCCCCGGGCUCACCAUGGUGGCAGCGCGCGCCGAGUGCUCGCGCGUCGCCGGCCGCCCGAGCCGCAGCGCUGGCUGAGAGCGGUUCACCGAAGCCCCCUGCCCUUGCCGGCUCCCCGCCCCGCUCGCGCGUCCCUUCCGGCCGCCGCUGUCUAUGGCGCAGCCCCCCUCCCUGGAUCAUGCACAGAAACUUUCGCAAGUGGAUUUUCUACGUGUUUCUCUGCUUUGGCGUCCUCUACGUGAAGCUCGGAGCGCUGUCGUCCGUCGUGGCCCUGGGAGCCAACAUCAUCUGCAACAAGAUCCCUGGCUUGGCCCCGCGGCAGCGCGCCAUCUGCCAGAGCCGGCCCGAUGCCAUCAUCGUGAUUGGGGAGGGGGCGCAGAUGGGCAUCAACGAGUGCCAGUACCAGUUCCGCUUCGGACGCUGGAACUGCUCCGCCCUCGGCGAGAAAACCGUCUUCGGGCAAGAGCUCCGAGUAGGGAGCCGCGAGGCCGCCUUCACCUAUGCCAUCACCGCGGCUGGCGUGGCGCACGCCGUCACGGCCGCCUGCAGCCAGGGGAACCUGAGCAACUGCGGGUGUGACCGCGAGAAGCAGGGCUACUACAACCAGGCCGAGGGCUGGAAGUGGGGCGGGUGCUCCGCCGACGUGCGCUACGGCAUCGACUUCUCCCGGCGCUUCGUGGAUGCCCGCGAGAUCAAGAAGAACGCGCGGCGCCUCAUGAACCUGCACAACAACGAGGCGGGCAGGAAGGUCCUGGAGGAGCGCAUGAAGCUGGAGUGCAAAUGCCACGGCGUGUCGGGCUCGUGCACCACCAAGACGUGCUGGACCACGCUGCCCAAGUUCCGCGAGGUGGGCCACAUGCUCAAGGAGAAGUACAACGCGGCGGUGCAGGUGGAGGUGGUGCGGGCCAGCCGCCUGCGGCAGCCCACCUUCCUGCGCAUCAAGCAGCUGCGCAGCUACCAGAAGCCCAUGGAGACGGACCUGGUGUACAUCGAGAAGUCGCCCAACUACUGCGAGGAGGACGCGGCCACGGGCAGCGUGGGCACGCAGGGCCGCCUGUGCAACCGCACGUCGCCGGGCGCGGACGGCUGCGACACCAUGUGCUGCGGCCGCGGCUACAACACGCACCAGUACACCAAGGUGUGGCAGUGCAACUGCAAGUUCCACUGGUGCUGCUUCGUCAAGUGCAACACGUGCAGCGAGCGCACCGAGGUCUUCACCUGCAAGUGAGCGCCCCGCCGGCGCGCAUGCGCACACCGCUGGGCGCGCCCCCCGCCGCCCCGCACUGCGGGGGGCUCCUUCCCGCCCCGCUGGUCUCUUCCUGUGGCCGAGCCCUGUCCCGGACCAGCCCAGAGGUGUCCCUCUGGGGCCUAGGGAGUUCCUGCUUUUCUCUGGGGAAGCGGACCCUCCGGGACUCGAGCGUCCCCUCCCCCGCCUGGUGGCAUGGACGACGUGGAAAUGCCAUGCGGGCCGGCGACGCCACGCGGGCCCCCACGCGGGACCCUUCCCCUGGCCGCACCCACCGCCCGGGGCCUCGGGGUGGCCCGGGCAGAUGUUGACCGAGUUUAUUUAUGUGUCCUUAGUAUCAGAGAAGAGUAGCACUAAGGCAUAGCCAGUCCUAAGUGUACCCCGUGUGAGCGCAGCCCCUGGGGCCCCCACUUGCUCUCCCGUCUCUGGACCCGAGGGAGCAUCCCCCGUGCACAGCGCCCUCUGACCCUGCCCCCAGAGGGCCUCUGAGGAGAGCCACGGACAGGGACCCUUCUUGAAAAUCGUAUCACACAAAUCAAAAUGUCCCCCACCUCAGGCUCCAGGAGUGCUGCGUCCCCUCCCUAAUGCUGUCCCCCCCGCCCAGUGCCCCCGCCAGCCCGGCAGCCUCAGUUUACAGAGCCCACUCCCGCCCAGAGCCAGCUGGAAGCCUUGGACAGCCCUGAGCUGGCUGGCGGUGGGCUGGCGGGUGGGGGGCGGGUCAGGGGUGUCUGCCUUCUUUGACAGAUGCAGACACCGAGGCCCCAAAGGGCUCAAGAAUGAGCCAGAGACCCUGAAGUGAUGAGCAGAGGCUCCUGCCUUGGCUCGGGCAUCCUGACCCUGGGCAACGUGCUCUGGGGACACCCAGGGUGGCUUGAGACUGCCCCCAUGUUUUGAGAAAUCGGGCUGUACCCCUCCUUCCCUGCCGCCAGCCGCACAGGGACCUGUACCCCCAGAGAUGCCUGCUGGGGCUUCUCUAUGGCCUCUGUGUCCAGUCCUACUCCUUGGGCCCUGACUCCAAUGCUGAGAAAGCUCAGAGCCAGCCUGCUGUCCCGGCAGGUGUCUGCGCUCCAGACCCCUCCCCCAGGGUCCCUCCCUACAGACCCACCCUCCCCUGAAGUUCAACUCACCCUCAAACUUGAGAGGGGGCCCUGCUCAGGUCUCAUGUGCGGGCUGGGGAGAGACCAGAACCCUGGGACUCGGGGCUGACGUGUCCUCUGAGAACACGUCCACCCUCCCUCAGGGAGUGGCUUGCCGGCAAGGGUGGCGUGCGGCUGGCUUCUGGUGUGUUGCCUUCCGCUGCUCGUGUGUCCACCCCCUGGCCCCCAGUUUAGGGUAUUUUCAUGCAGAAACCUGUGGAAAUGUGUCCUCAGGCAGCUGACAAGCCAAGUGGGCCCGACAUUAGCCUGGGGUGAGUGACACUCUCUGGGCCCUGGCCCUGGCAUCUACCCCGUGGGAAUGCCAGGACACUCCAUCAGCUGCUGUUCCUGGCACCUCCAGGCCACGGUGAACGCCCCGCCCCGGUCCCCCUCCUCUCCGGGUCCCAGGACACUCUUCCAAGUCCACAGGCCCGGUUAACUUAUAUUGUUAUAUAGCGUCGAAAUGUCUAUCGUGUCUUUUAAAUUAUUGUGACCUACACUGGGUACUGGAGGGAGGGGACAGCCUCAUGCAGUGCCCCGAGCCAGGCUCCUCCUUCUGCUUGAAAUGGACUCUUGGGGCCCUGGAUGCCAUCGAGUCACACGUAUUAUCCAGGCGCCUCUGCCGAAACCCUCCUCAAGAGUCUGUCAGCGGCAGCCCCUCCCUCGGGUGAAAGGGGGUCAGUGUGGCCCGGGUGGGGCGGGGGCGGUUGGGGCACUGCGUGUCCCUGUGGCCCUCCCACUUGAAGAGAGCUGGUGGGUUUUGGAUGGGCUGUGUCCUGCCUUCCCCGGAGGGGAGCGUCCGGUCCCAAUAAAGCUGGAAUCAGAA